AUGGAGAAGCCGACGCCACCCAAGGACAUGGGAACCACCCAACCUGUGGAGUUGGACACCAUCGACACCCAACCACCUCCCGCGUACGAGCCCAGCACUUCAUCCGCCGCCAAGGGACCUCCCGGAAGCUUUUCACCCGUUCUUCAACCUCCCCUCGAGCAGCCUCCUCACGCCGGCAUCGCGCCCCUGGGAGAUGUGGCAGGCCAUGUGCCGCAGAACGACCUGGCCUGCGUGCCUCUCGAGACGCUGCAGGUCCGGAGCGCGCCUGUCCACUGUCCGAACUGUGGAAGGAAUACCCAUACGAUUGCGACAGCAGAGGCCGGAAGGUUUUUACAUGGUGUUGCUGCCUUUGUAUGUAUCGUCAGCUGCUUGGGAUGUAUCCCAUACCUCAUCACCUCUCUCAAAGACGUCCACCACAAGUGCGGAAAUUGCGGAAUUUCCCUCGCAAGGUUCCACCACAACGGUCGCACCGAAGUCCUCGCAUUCAUUAAUAAGUAA